AUGUUCUUAUCCGAAGAAGUGUGCAAUUUGACGCUCGCUGGGAAUUCCACGGCCGUUGUAAACAUGGAGUGGGGAGCAGCUUCCAUCACGUCAAUGGUCAUAUUCAUCCUCACCUUCCUACUGGGGGUCCCGGGUAACGGCGCCGUCAUCUGGGUGAUUGUCUUCAAGAUGAAGAAUAAGGUCCACACGGAAUGUUUCCUGACUCUGGCUCUGACUGACCUGAUCUAUUGCCUGACCCUUCCCUUCCGCAUGGCCGACAUCUCCCUGACCCACUCCGGAUACAACGCCUACUUUUCCUGUAAGUUUAUUGGAGUCUUGAUGUUCCUCGACGCAUCCGCCAGCACGUAUCUGUUAUGUCUGAUCAGCAUCUGCCGCUGCGUGGCUAUUACUCGGCCCACGUGGUUCCAGCAAUAUCUGAGCCUCACGUGGAUUCGUGCGGCCUGUUUCGGAGUGUGGAUCCUAGCCAUCGUCAUGUGCUUACCUGUCCUCCUGCUUCCGGAUUUGAAGAAGGAAUCGACCGUCUUGGAGCCUUUUUGGUUUGUUUUUACCUUCGGCCUCCCCUUUUUAAUUAUGAUCACUUGUUACUUACUGAUAGGUUGGAGGCUGCAAGGGAACAGGUUCGCCAAAUCGAAGAAGCCUGUCCGCCUCAUCAUCACCGUGGUCGUGGCCUUUAUGAUCUGUUGGAUCCCCAACGCUGUGUGCGACCUCCUAUCGGCCUUCACCACACCGAUUUCCCAGGACUGGUCAUUAUUCACUGUCGCCCUGGCCUCCUUCAACAGCGCACUCAACCCCCUUCUCUAUGUCUUUGCUGGCCGUGAAUUCCACCAGGUCUUCAGGCGGUCCCUCCUCGCCUCGCUCCAUCUGGCCUUUGCCGAGCAGAAGCCAGAAUUGGAGACCCAGUCUCAAACCCCCAACCUCACCUUAAAUACGAAUGUCUGA